AGCCCCAGCCCCGCGGCGCCCAGACCAGCGGGCGAGCCCCAGUCCGCAUGCUCUGUAGCCCGGGCCGGCGGGCCACGGGUUGGCGGCCGCAGUGGCGACCGCGGUGGCACCGGCCGGAGCCCCACGGGUGCUCGCGCUCCCACUCUGGGGUCGCCACCUGGGCCGGCGCCGGGCGGGCUCGCGCCUUUCCAUGCUGCCAGACCUGGGACUGCGGAGCCGGCCUGGUGGCUCCCGCGAUGGCGGCGGAAGAAGAGGCUGCGGUGAGAGCUGAGGCGUUGCUAGAUGACAGCCAGUAUAUUGCUCCCAUGGUUUCCAAUCAAAUGAGCCCAUGGACAAAACCAAUAGCUAUUGGAUCCUUCAGCCCACAUGUGACAGAGUUUCCAAGAAAACGAAAAGGAAGUGAUUCAGAUCCAUCUCAGUCAGGAAUUAUGACAGAAAAAGUGGUGAAAAAUCAUUCUCAGAAUCCCUUUACCUAUCUCCUUUCAACAAGGAUAGAAAUAUCAGCAUCCAGUGGCAGCAGAGUGGAAGAUGGUGAACAACAAGUAAAAAUGAAGUCCUUCAGAGAAGCUCAUAGCCAAACUGAAAAACGGAGGAGAGAUAAAAUGAAUAACCUGAUUGAAGAACUGUCAGCAAUGCUCCCUCAGUGUAAGCCUGUGGCACGAAAACUGGACAAACUUACAGUUUUAAGAAUGGCCGUUCAAUACUUGAAAUCUUUAAAAGGUAUGACAAAUUUUUAUGCAGGAGAUAAUUAUCGACCUUCCUUUAUUCAGGAAAAUGAGCUCAGACACUUAAUCCUGAAGACUGCAGAAGGCUUCCUAUUUGUGGUUGGAUGUGAAAGAGGAAAGAUUCUCUUCGUUUCUAAGUCAGUCUCCAAAAUACUUAAUUAUGAUCAGGCUAGUUUGACUGGACAAAGUUUCUUUGACUUCCUACAUCCAAAAGAUGUUGCCAAAGUAAAGGAACAACUGUCUUCUUCUGAUAUUUCACCAAGAGAGAAGCUCAUAGAUGCCAAAACUGGCUUCCAAGUUAACAGCAAUUUCCAAACUGGAAGGACUCGUGUGUGUUCUGGCUCAAGACGAUCCUUUUUCUGUCGGAUAAAGAGUUGUAAAGUCUCUGUCAAAGAAGAGGAUGAAUGCUUACCCAACUCAAAGAAGAAAGAUCAUAGAAAAUUCUGUACUAUCCACUGUACGGGUUACUUGAGAAGCUGGCCUCCAAAUAUCAUCGGAAUGGAAGAAGAAAAGGACAGUCAGAAAGACAGUAAUUUUACCUGCCUUAUUGCCAUUGGAAGAUUACAUCCGUAUAUUGUCCCACAGAACAGUGGAGAAAUGAUUAAAGUGAAACCAACUGAAUUUAUAACCCGUUUUGCAAUGAAUGGAAAAUUCGUCUAUGUGGAUCAAAGGGCAACAGCAAUUUUAGGAUAUCUGCCUCAGGAACUUUUGGGAACUUCUUGUUACGAAUAUUUUCAUCAAGAUGACCAUAGUAAUUUGACUGACAAGCACAAAGCAGUUCUACAGAGUAAAGAGAAAAUAUUUACAGAUUCAUACAAAUUCAGAGCGAAAGAUGGCUCUUUUGUAACUUUAAAAAGCCAGUGGUUUAGUUUCACAAAUCCUUGGACCAAAGAACUGGAAUAUAUUGUGUCUAUCAACACUUUAGUUUUGGGACAUAGUGAGAAUGGAGAAGUAUCAUUACUUCCUUGCAGCUCUCAAUCAUUAGAAGAAUCCUCUAGACAGUCUUGUAUUAGUGUGCCCGGAAUGUCUACUGGAACAGUACUUGGUGCUGGUAGUAUCGGAACAGAUAUUGCAAAUGAAGUUCUGGACUUACAAAGGUUACAGUUUUCUUCAUCCCUUGGUGAUUCAAGUCCAACAGAUUUAAUGAAAGAUACUCACACGAUAAACUUCAGGAAUAUGUCAAAUAAGGAGUUGAUUCCACUAAGUCCUUCUGAAGUAGGGGAGCUAGAAGCUACAAUGCAAAACCACAGCACUGCUGAUCCCCCCAGUCACGAACCGCUCCUAGGUGAUGGUGCCCAGUUGGAUUUCGAUGCCCUCUGUGACAAUAAUGACACAGCCAUAGCUGCCUUCAUGAAUUACUUAGAAGCAGAGGGGGGCUUGGGAGACCCUGGGGACUUCAGUGACAUCCACUGGACACUCUAGCAUUUGAUUUUUAACUCCAAAAAUGAAAAACGUUUUUAGAGCAUUUCAUUUACAAAGAACUGUAUAUUCUACAGUACUGCAUUGAUACUGUUUUUAUAUUUCAUUCCUAUUAAUGGUCUACCGAUUUUUAUAGAUUGGUACCUUACUUUCAUAGAGGUAUGGGGAAAUGUAAUGUUUUCCUUCAAAUAGAGCUGCUCAGAGCUCCCUAUAGACCCCUUUACUCAGCGAACUGGCUUUAAACCUACUAGUUGCUAUUUUUUGCUAAAAUAUUUCUAAUCAAGAAUAUCACAAACAUCUUACUUGGUUUGGUUUUUAUUUUUCGAUUCAGUUUUUUGAGUUUGGGAAGUUUAAUAUAUUGGCAUUUUCCUUGUGUCUAAGAUUUAUUUAUAAUUGACUUAUAAUAGUAGAUUUUUAUGAUUUGGAACAUUUCCAUUCCUUGUAUAUUUCCUUAAAUGAGGAUAGGGCUUACAUACUUUUUAAGAAAAUGGUGAUUACUUGAAUAUUUAAAGGGACAAUGCAAUUUAUAGUAAUGAUCACAACGAAUACUGUAUUUGGUUAUUUUAGACUUGGGCAAGCACAAAGCUAGGGUAUUUAUGCUCAGUUGAGCACUUCGAGAUGGAUUUAAAUGAGAUGAUUUUUUAAAAUUUAAAACUCAGAAAAAGUUGAGAGUUUCAACUUUGCUUACAGAAAAGGAAAGAUUUUGGGCCCUAGAUCUUGGUAAUUAACCUUUGCAGAUAUAAGAUUUACUAUUAAUCUAACCACUCAAGGUUUUCAUUACAGAACAAACAGGUUUUUGAUGCUGAAAAGGUAUGUAGUAACUGAUUAGUCUUAAAGGAAGAAACUGGCCCAGGCAGAUUGUCUUGUAUAAAGUCACAAUUAAAUUCACAUAUUUUUUAAACGUUUGGUGUGUAUAAUCCAAUUCUACACAUUUGGAAAAGUAGUGAUAGGCUAGGAAACUAGUAGGGAAACCUUGAGGCUCAGAUGUGGGAUUCAGAUAUAAUUCUCUUUCUCUAGAUGGUUCUAUACCUUACCAGCAGAUUUCCCUCAGAGGCACUCACCAAAACAAAGCAUUGUUUUGAUCUUGCCUAUUUCUUUAGGCUGUAAGUAAUAGAUUGAACUUUCAUCAGAUGCAUUAAAUGGCAAACAUACCAACAGGCGAUAACCAGAAGCAUAUGCUCCAUUCAAGUGUGAUAUUAGCAGUGCCUCUGUGGACAAGAAUAUAUUGGCACAUUAUCCUCUUAAGCCAAUACAAUGUUCCAGCAAUGUCAGAGGGCAGUACCACUCCUGGUUCUGAUAGUUUAGGACUUGAGACACUCAGGUAUAGAAUAAGCCAAAGAAACUCUACAAGAUGAGGGAGACUGGUUUACAGUAGCCUGAGCAUGAUAGUUAGGUUUGAGGAAGCAUGAAUGAUCAAAUCUGUUUUCUAAGUCAGGCAGAGGGGCCUGCCUACAAACAUAACACUUUAGGGGUCUGAACCAUUGCAGGUUAAACUUGGCCUUCAGAAUUGACCUAAGCCAGAAGUAGCAGGAUAGGUCAUUGUAGCUAAAUGGCCUCAAAAGCAGAUGAGGCAAACCUUCAUGAUGCAAGGAUCUGAGAGGCAGAGUUUCUAGUAGCAAGCCACUGCUACCUUACAGAGUCGCAAUUUUUUUCUCUUUGUAAGAGGAGUUGUUCCAUAGACCAGUUGGCAGAUAACCAAUUGAAUGCUCUGAUCCUUUAAAAAUUCACUCCAAUAUUUUUCUGUAGAUCUUGCCCUGGACCCAAAAUCCAAUCCACACAUUAGAUGAUACUAUUGCUCUCCCAAGUUUAGGGUUUUCUUCAAAAUGCAUUCUAUUUGCAUUUGAUUGCUAUUAGGAGUGACAGAUAUUUUUAUGGUUUUACUGGAUAUUUUCCCUCCUACCAAUUAAUUUCUUGCAUUUUGGUGUAAAAUCUCUGUACACUGACUGAAAGCAUCAAAAAAAGGUACUCAAUUUUUUUUUUUUUAACUAAGAAUUACCUACAGCAAUGUAGUGGGGUGGGAGGAGUGUCUAGAAUCAGAAGAGCCCACUCAGCCUAAAUUUAGCUGUGUGACUGCAAGCAAGCCAUUUAAACUCUGUACCUCAGUUUUCUUGUUUGUAACAAGAGAUUUGGUCUCUGAGUUUACUUCCAGUUCUGAUUCUGUGAUUCUGAUCCACAGAACUUGAGUGUUAGGGUCAGACUCUAGAGCUGUAUUGUUCAGUGUGAUAGCCAGUAGCCACGUGGGACUGUUGAGCACUUGAAAUGUAGCUAAUGCAAAUAGAAAUGGGCUAUAAAUAUAAAUUGCAUAUCAGAUUUCAAACACUUAGUAUAAAAAAGAAUAUAAAAUAUAUUAAUUUUAUAUUGAUUACAUGUUCAGAUAAUAUUUAAGAUAUACUGAAUUAAAUUUAAGAUAUACUAAAUUAAUUUUUUUUAAUUUUUACUUUUCUAAUGUGGCUACUAGAAAAUUUAAAAUUACACAUGGGGCACUUAUAUAUUUCUGUUAGACAGCUCUGUUCUAGAAUAUUUUAUUAAGUGAAUAUUAUUGAAGUAGACCAAAGUUAUGCUAUAAGUAUGCUAUUUACCUCUAAAUGCUGUUUUAAAAAACAAUUGUGCAUUGAUCCUUGAUUUAGUACAAUCAAAUAACUGAAGCUGUGUGUAAAAAUUUUAAACUUUUGAAACUAGUAAACUUGAAAAUGUGAUCAGAUGUUUUAUUACAGAAUGAUAGCUUGAAAUUAAAUAAAACUUGAGGUAUAUGUUGACAACCUAUGGUAGUCACUAAACUUGGAAAUCCAUUGAAAAACAAAAGACAAACAGGAAAAUAAAGAAUAGAGACUUUUGGUAUAUAAAUGGGAUUAAAAUACUUAAUUACAGUGUCACCAUUGGGGAAAGGCUGUUUUUGAGUCAGAUUCUUUGACGAAUCUCUGUAGAGUCUGGGCCACAAGUAAAUGAAAUAGCCACUAUCUAGUUGUCAGACCAUAUUCAGUGUUAGAUCCCACUCCAAAGUAUCUACCACUCAGGUGGGUCAUUGUGGGCUCUGGAAUUGGAGAUUCAGAUUUGCCAAGUGUGGUGUUAAGAGCAGAACAAGGCUGACACUUAGAAUAAUCAGAAGCCAUAAAAAGCAAAAACAAAAACAAAACAAACUCUGCUAAGUGGCCACUAGGUGUCACUUUUUCAUUUCUACAGUUCUUUGUUCUCCGGUUAAUUUUUCCAAGUUCCAUGGAACCUAGAAGAGGCAUUUAUUAUUUUUUUUAUUAUGUCUGCCUCUCUGGUAUAGGUUGUUAUAUGAGAAAUGCUUUUUGAGAGAAAGUUCUUCCCACAUAAUAUAAAAGCUUUGGUUUAGGGAGCUUUUCAGAUGUGGCUCUAGUAAAAAAGCUGACCUUAGAAAGAAAACCCGUCCAAAUGAAUAUGCUCUCUGACUCAGUUGAGAGUGUAUGGUGUGCGUGUCACUGCUCAUACAGUCUUGAGUUUAGCUUUGUCUUUUAUACAAUUUUUAGCUUUUUCCAGUUCACUUGUGUUUGUCUGUAUUUUGGUAUUUUUAAAUUUUGUGAUAAAUGAUGAAAAGAGUGAAAUUAAACUAUAUUUUAUAAUAAUGA